UGGAGUCGGGAGCCACCGAGCGGUGGUGGCGGAUUUCCUGGGCCCGGCUUUCCAAGGGCUAACCAUGGCGUUUGGGAAGAGUCACUGGGAUCCUUAUGCCACCUCCGUGGGCCACCUCAUAGAAAAGGCUACAUUUGCUGGUAUCCAAACUGAAGAUUGGGGUCAGUUCAUGCACAUCUGUGACAUCAUUAACACCACCCAGGAAGGGCCAAAAGAUGCAGUAAAAGCUUUGAAGAAAAGGAUAUCCAAAAACUACAAUCAUAAAGAAAUCCAACUUACCUUGUCACUUAUAGACAUGUGCAUGCAGAACUGUGGUCCAAGUUUCCAAUCUCUGAUUGUGAAGAAAGAAUUCAUUAAAGAUAGUCUAGUUAAGCUGCUGAAUCCCAGAUACAAUUUGCCAUUAGACAUUCAGAAUCGAAUCUUGAAUUUCAUUAAGACGUGGUCACAGGGUUUCCCAGGAGGUGUGGAUCUAAGUGAAGUGAAAGAAGUGUACCUUGAUCUGCUUAAGAAGGGUGUUCAGUUUCCUCCCUCAGAUGCAGAGGCUCAAAGUGCCCGACAGGAGUCUGCUCCAGUUUCAUCACAUCCGUCAGCAUCUGUCCCCACUGCACCAGCUCUUUCUCCUGUAAUUGCUCCCAGGAACACGACUAUUACGUUAGUCCCAGAGCAGAUUGGAAAACUGCACAGUGAACUGGAUAUGGUGAAAAUGAAUGUGAGAGUGAUGCUCGACAUAUUGUUGGAGAAUACUCCUGGAUCCGAAAAUCAAGAAGACGUAGAACUUCUGCAGAAACUUAAGACAAGUCGGGAGAUGCACAAGAGAAUCAUGGAUCUACUUGUGGUAGUGGAAAAUGAAGGUGUAACUAUUGAGCUAAUUCAAGUGAAUGAGGAUUUGAAUAACGCCAUCCUUGGAUAUGAGAGGUUUACUCGAAAUCAGCAAAGGAUUUUAGAACAAAAUAGAAACCAGGAGGAAGCCACCAAUACUACCAGCGAGCCUUCCGCUCCAUCUUGUGAUCUCCUGGACCUCAGUCCCAGUCCCCCGAUGCCUGGAGCCCCUCUGGGAGAACACACCGUGAACGCUCAGCUUUCAGACUUAAGUCUCAACUUUGUAAAUCCUGCUGUAACAAACAACUUGAAACCCAGUCUUCAUCCAGAGGUGAAUUUGUCAGCCUUUGAAAAUACAGAAAUGCCCACGUUUGCCCAAAGGACCAACCAAAACCUCGCCUCAAGUCAUGAUAACUUUCCAGAACACUCAAACUCAGUAUUGCUACAGCCAGUUAGUCUACCGACCACUGCAGCAACACCCUCAAACCAGAAGCUACCAUCCUUGCCCAGCAAUCAUCCAGUGAUGACAAAGAAAGAUAUCCAGACACCCAGUUACUAUGAGGUGAUGGAGUUGGAUCCCUUAGCUCCAGCCGUCACUACAGAAGCUAUUUAUGAAGAAAUUGAUGUUCAACACCAGAAAGAAACACAAAGCCAUGGUAGUUGUUGAGGUGAAAAUGGAUUAUCAGUUCACUAGCCAAAAAGAGAGGUGCCAACUCUGUAAAGGAUGGGCCCUGUUCAGCUUGGAGGCCUAGAUGAUAAGAUCCACCGACACAUCAGAGCCACAGUGGAUCAUCUCUACUCUGCUGUAAUGAAAUUUAAACCGAAGAGCAACAUUUAUUGUUCCUGACAACAACUCGGCAGUGGAACUUGGUUGUGAACAAAUAGUCACGUAAUACUUCAGAGGAAGAAACAUUAGCACUUAGGCCAACCAGCUUAAUAGUAGUGUCCUAUGUUGUGCAGGCCUU